AUGGCAUCCACCACUUCCGCAACGGCGGCGCACGCUGCCAACUCGAAUUCAUCCGCUUUCAAGAGCACCGAACUGGCCCAGCUUACUGGCGUGGAAGCCGCCAAGCGCGCAGCCGCCUACGCUGCCGUCGACAACCACGUCUUCCCGCACCACGAGAUCAUCGGCAUCGGCUCAGGAUCGACGGUGCCGUACGUGGUCGAGCGCAUCGCCCAGCAGGGCGCCGAGGUCAACGCCAAGCGCUGGUUCGUGCCCACGGGCUUCCAGUCGCGAGAGCUCAUCAUCCACGCCGGUCUGCGUCUUGGCGAUGUGGACAGCUUCCCGGCGAUUGACGUGACGAUUGACGGUGCUGACGAGGUGGACAACGCGCUCAACUGCAUCAAGGGUGGCGGCGCAUGCCAGCUGCGCGAAAAGGUGCUUGCCGAGGCGGCCAACGAGUUCGUCGUGGUUGCCGACUACCGCAAGAACGGCUCGCAGCUCGGCACAAAGUGGCUCCAGGGCAUUCCGAUCGAAGUGACGCCGUUCGCAUACGCCAAGGUGCUGCAGAACCUCAAGAAGAUGGGAUCCGACCAGGCUGUGCUGCGCAUGGGCAAGGCCAAGGCCGGACCCGUAGUCACGGACAACGGCAACUUCUGCAUCGACGCACCCUUCCCCGAGGCGCAGAUGAAGGACCCUUCCGACCUGCUCAUGCGCAUCAAGCUGCUCACCGGCGUCGUCGAGGUCGGCCUCUUCUGCAACAUCUGCAAGUCGGCCUACUUUGGCAACGAAGACGGCACCAUCACCAUCAAGACCGCCGACGGAAAGGUGCAGGAGGGUGUCCACUUUGAUGUCUCCAAACCGCCUGCCACUGCCUAA